AUGGUCAACUUCAUGCGCGCCGCCGGCCUUCUGGCAAUCACCCCUCUUAUUGCAGCAGCCCCAACUGUUACGGAUGCUGGUAUUGACGUAAGAGCCGUCGAUGUGGCAGUGCCCUUCUCUUUUGAGAAGUGGGCUGAGGAUAUCAUUGCCAACCCCAACGGAAACCACCCCUCGCCGGAGGAGGCUAUCGCCCUCGCGUUCAACCAGACUUCAACCGAUGGUCUCGAGAAGCGUCAGGCUGAUGUUAGUUGCACCUUCGACAAGCCUGGCGGCGCUGCUUCGGUCGCUGAUGCGGUUUGGUGCAUUGAUUUCAUCGCUGCCCGCGCCAAUGUCGCAUGCAAUGCUGUCGUCAGCGGUACCUCCUUUUGCAGCCGCGGCCAAGCUCGGAUCACCGGUGUGCCCAUCGGUGGAAACCCCCCCAGGGAUACAUCCAGCCCUUGUGGCAACGUUGCCCGCUCUGCUGGGCAGAUCAUGGAUGCCUGCACCCGCAACGGCCUCGUAUAUGGACAGAACAAUGCUUGGGGCAACGGCAACAUGAGAGUUCACAUCCGCGCUGCUUUCUAA